CGUUCGAUCGGAGUCCGAGACCUUUGCAGCCUUGGUACCGAUGUAACGCUGGCGAUGCUGUUGACCAGCGGGAUGCGGUGGUGGGUGUAGUUGCCCUUGAACUCGAUGAAGGUACCUCGAUUCUCUCCUCGCUGUACCAAGAAGAAUCCGCCACCAGUUCUCUUCCCCUCGCAUGGCGCAGCUCCAGCCGCCCAUUCUCUUCCUUCCACACCGCCCACUUCUUCCUCUCCCCCGCCCCAAGUCGCCCCUCAAAAUAUCUCCUCCUCCUCUCGUCCUACUAUUCCCUCGCUCGCUCGCUCCUUGCUCGCGAUGGCGAUUCCCUCGUUGACUGAUCGGAAUCCCACCGGUCUUGUUGCUUGAAUCCCGUCAAUUUUCCCAGUUCGAAUGGUCGAUGGUCGAGUCCUGGCUGCGGUUUUUUCCUGGAAUCGAUGUUCCAUGUCGACCCCGAUGUGAAUCGCGCUGCCCGUCAUUGGAUCGGGUUCAGCGCGGCCUGCCCUCUUUCUUGGCAUGUCGGUGCCGCAGGAUUCCUUCGGAGUAGCGACUCAGAUAGGAGAUGCUAGCGGAGGCAGAAAUCGGCAUCGGCUUGGUCGUAGAAUUGGUAAAAGAUUGCGUUUUGGGAUUCUCUCGAAUGAGCUUCGAUUUAGGUGCGCGGCAUCUACGCCACCGGGGAAGAGUGGUAACCCCAACUUGCCCGUUGAUUUGGUUAGCUCUGCUAGGGGAACUGUCAUCAAACAGAUUUCGGGCAAGCUGGACAACAAGGAUCCGAAACACUUGGCGUCCAGCUUUACGAACUACAGGGACGAUCCUUUGGUGGAUAAGCAAAGGACGCAGCUUGGCGUGAUUCGUUCCAUCCUUUCUCCGCCCAUAAAUAGGAAUAUCGCAGGCUUCUUCGUGCUCUUUUUCCUCGUUGGAGUGGCUUUCGACAAGGUUUGGAAUUUAAGGAAGAGGGAGAAGUCGGCCCGGGACGUCGACAAUGGCACGUGGCCACAGGCACCAACGAGCCUCUCUAUAUUUCUUGAGAAGGACCUUCGGAGGAAAGAGUCGGUCGAAUGGGUAAACAUGGUCUUGGGGAAGCUUUGGAAGGUCUAUAGGUCCAGAAUCGAGGAUUGGGUUAUUGGGUUGCUCCAGCCGGUAAUAGAUAACCUCAAAAAGCCUGAUUAUGUGCAGAGAGUUGAGAUUAAGCAGUUUUCCAUUGGGGACGAGCCACUAUCUGUCAGGAGCGUUGAAAGGAGAACUUCUCGUGGUGUUAAUGACUUGCAGUAUCAGAUUGGCCUUCGUUACACUGGUGGUGCUCAGAUGUUGCUGUCCCUAUCAUUAAAUUUUGGCAUUAUUCCCAUUGUUGUACCUGUUGGGAUCCGUGAUUUUGAUAUAGAUGGAGAGCUUUGGGUAAAGUUACGGUUAAUACCCACUGGACCAUGGAUAGGGGCUGUGUCAUGGGCUUUUGUGUCUCUUCCAAAAAUUAAGUUUGAGCUCUCACCAUUCAGUCUGUUCAAUCUAAUGGCAAUUCCUGUUCUCUCAAUGUUUCUUACAAGGCUUCUAACAGAAGAUUUGCCUCGACUCUUUGUGCUUCCAAAAAAGAUCGUUCUUGAUUUCCAGAAGGGGAAAGCACUUGGUCCUGUUUCACAUGAUUUUAAAGUUGAAGCAGUGCAGGAGAGAAGUAAAGAUUUUGUUGGAGAACUGUCAGUCACUCUUGUGGAUGCUCGAAAACUUGCUUAUCCCAAAAUUGGGAAGACAGAUCCAUAUGUUGUUUUAACUCUUGGUGAUCAAGUAUUUCAGAGUAAGAAAAAUAGCCAGACAACAGUCACUGGACCUCCUGGAGAACCAAUUUGGAACCAAGAUUUUGAUCUGUUUGUUGUAAAUCCUGGAAAGCAGAAGCUGUACAUCCAAGUAAAAGACUCCUUUGGUUUCGCAGAUUUCACAGUUGGCACAGCAGAGGUUGAGCUAGAGUCCCUACAAGAUACAGUGCCUGCAGACAGAGUAGUUGCUUUACGUGGUGGAUGGAGUCUAUUCAGAAAUAAAUCAUCUGGAGAAGUAUUACUUCGACUCACAUAUAAAGCUUAUGUUGAGGAUGAAGAAGAUGAUCUGUUGGAAACAGAGUUUGUGGAUGAUCAUGCACCUGAUGAUAUCUCAGACUAUGAGCAACCAAAUGGAACAUUUGAGCAAAGUGGUUAUCCUAGUGGAAAAGAAAGAGAAGCUUUUAUGGAUGUCCUGGCGGCUUUGAUUGUGAGUGAGGAAUUCCAAGGAAUAGUGACAUCUGAAACAGAAAAUUCAGAAGUUACUGGUGAAUCUAGAAAUGUGACAUCCCCAGUAUCAACAACAAUAGGUCUUACUGAUCAGACGUCUACUAUUGAUUCAAACAGAAGUUCCAGUAGUUCUGAUGAUUUAGAACUAGUAUGGCUUGCUGUGGUAACGGUUACAGUGGUUCUGAUUGCUCGUACCAUGGGUGAUUCAAGCUUGUUCAAUCCAUAGCAUUUGCAGGUAUAUAUGGAUGUCCUUAGUGUAUUUGAAAUAAGCAGCUCUUAGCAAUUUUACAUGAUAUGCUUGCAUAUUUGAUGUCUAAAUUAUCUGUUCAUUUUUUAUGGUUUAUAUAUGAAACAAACGUCUCUAUGAUCAAUCCAAAAGUUGUCUUUAACUCACACAAACUUACACUCUUUUGUGGCACAUAGAACUUUGUACUUGCUGAAAGAGUUUACCAGAAAUAUCUAGUUAGUUGUUGAACUUCUGGUGAUCCUGUCCUAGCUAGGGAAAAAAGAGAACCAAACCAAUUAUUAAAUCUGAUAAAAGGGUGAAACCGGUGCACAUAAGGCUCACGCCAAUGUAGAAUCUGGGUAAGGGUUAAUUGAUAAAAGUAUUUUACCAUGGACUUCAUAUUUAACAAAGAAUAAGGAGAAUUUUCAGGUCCCAGGUUUCUCUGGUCAUAAUUAUGCGAAUGGAUAAUUAGAACCUGAAGCCUGGACAAAAGCUUAACAGCGAAAAUAAAUUUACCAGCCAUUGUAAAACAUGUUUCCCACAAAAUGAAAAUCCACAUAUUGGAGCUCAAGAAAGUCCCAAUUACAGCUUGUCCCUUGAUGUCUAGUAUGAUUUGCUAAGCAGUUAACAUGGUCAGAUUCAGAACCAGGGAGAUUUUACAGAAGCAUUCAGGCAUUCAGAGAUCCAAACAAUGUUUCCAAACUCCUAAUCCAAGACCAAGAACUUUUAUAGUGUAAGACAUGGGAUGAGAAUACUAUCCCAUAUUGGUGAGGCAUUCAUAUUGGAACUAAAUGAUUCCUGAUCUUCCAACAUCCAUUGUUUUGGAUGGUAGUGUCAUUCUCUUUUAGACAGCAGUUUAGGGUCUAAUCUCCAUCUUACACAAGCUGUUACCUGCCUUCAUGAUGGAUGACACCUGUGUCGGUUGUGUGGCUGAAUAGAAUUAAUGAAUCACGUGCCGAUUUGUGGUCUAUGAUGCCUUGCUUCCCUUGUGACUUAUGCUACAGCAUGCAGUCUCCCUUCUGAAAAAAGAAGAGGGUAGUCGGUUUUGAGAUUCUAGGCCUCGCGAAACAGAAACCAGUCAGAUUGUUGUAUUUCAAAUUCUUCCACCUGUAAGGUACGUAUGUGCUUGCAUCUUGUUUCUACCUUUUAUUUUGCAUCCUAUUUCCACCUAUUAUUUAAUAACAAGUUAAACAGUAAUGCUUGUCCAUUUCAAAUUGCACUGGAGUUGUCAGAUUGAUGAUGCCCAUCAUCUGCUUCUCUCUACAAUUUCUUUCCAUCCUCAUAGAUGAACAUGCAAUUUGCUUGAUAUUUUGCACCGCACCCUCCUGUGUGAUGGUCCAAAUUUUGUUUAAACAUGCGUGAUCUGAUGACAAGCUCUGUUGUUAUCUGCAGGCUCCAUUCUGUACAUGCUCCAGGGCAGAGUGGAAUCAACUAAAUGAUUAUUGUUCAAAAUUCUUCUUCUCAUGUAAAAUUAGCUCACUACAGUGAAAAUGCUUUUGCAACCAUUUCUGGGGUUCAAUUCACAUCUCUAAUUCUCACAUCUUUCCUCCAUUGUCCACUUAACUUAGGAAUGUUCCGUUUAUGUCCGUCCAUUAGGGAUGGUAAUCUCAGUGGGCUGUAUCUACAGGAACAAUUCUCUGUCAAAGACCUCCAAACCGUAUGAAAUCUGAAGGAAAAAUGAAGACCACAAAGACUCUUUGAGGCGGAACUUGGUCUUGAGACAUGGCUUGGUUUCGUGAUGAACAUGCAAGUUGUUGUCCUAUAUGCUACUAGCAGGGGGGAAGUCGUUGACCCAAUGUACAGUUGCAGUUGUUGGUCUUGGUGGGUUAGAGAUGCUUCAGUGGGAUUUGUGCAAAAGCUACAUAACAUUUUUGUAUUUACAUUUAGGUCCUUGGAAAAAUAACGGGCCAACUUUAUUUCUGUCCUUAGAAAAAUAAGUUUAAGAAGAUGACAAACAACACUGAAGAAGACGACCACUGCUUGUCUUUUUUUC